AUGGCGGAAUCAAUUCUAUUCAAUGUUGCUGCAUCCCUUGUAACCAAAUUGGGCUCUCCUAUAAUCCCACAGUUUCAAUUGCUUUGGGGAGUGGAUGAUGAGCUUAACCAGCUGAAACAUACUAUUUCAGCCAUGGAAGCUGUGCUUCUUGAUGCAGAGGAGCAACAAUCCAACACCCAUGCAGUGAAGAAUUGGAUUUCAAGGGUCAACGAGGCUUUCUACGAUGUCGAUGACUUGAUUGACGAGUUUGCUUAUGAAACCUUGAGGCAACAAGUUAUGGCCGAAGCUAAAAGAGGGAUAAAAGAGGUACGUCAAGUUUUCUCUCUGCCUCAUCAAAUUGCAUUUCGAUUUAAAAUGAGUCACAAAAUUAAAGACAUUAAAGAGAGAUUGAAAUCUAUGGAUGCUGAUAAAAACCAAUUCCAUUUCUCUGAGCGUAUAAUAAAUACUCGAGAUGAUGAGCUGAGGAAGAGUCGGGAGACUUCCUCUUUCAUAUGUGAUGAUGAAGUGGUGGGAAGGGAUGACGACGAGAAAGAAAUUAUAGAUCGUCUCCUACAUACAGAUCCUAAAACCAAGGAGAAUAUUGGAGUGAUUGCCAUAGUUGGAAUGGGAGGAUUAGGAAAGACGGCACUUGCUCAAUCUGUCUACAAUAAUGAAAGCACCACGAAACAUUUUGAGAUGAAACUAUGGGUGUGUAUUUCUGAAGAGUUUGAUGUGAAGGUUAUUGUUGAAAAAAUGAUAAAGUCUGCAACGAGAAAGAAGACUGAGAUUUUUCAAAUGGAUUUGUUGCAAAGAGAAGUUCGAAAGCAAAUUGAUGGAAAAAAGUACUUGCUCAUCAUGGAUGAUGUGUGGAAUGAAGAUUACGAGAAAUGGGUUAUUCUCAAAAGAUUAUUGACGGCUGGUGCAUCAGGAGACGAAGGAUCAGAAAAAGAACUUGAAAAUUCGAAUCUAGUCGAAAUUGAGAAGGAGAUUGUGGUAAAGUUAAAAGGCCUUCCUCUUGCAAUAAGAACGAUCGGACGUCUUCUAUAUGCCAAAAAACCAGAACAUCAUCUUUGGUUGGCUUUCAAGGAUAACGAGCUUUCUCAAGUUUUGGAACAAAGAGAAGAGACACAAUUCAUGCUAUCAAUACUAAAGCUCAGUUAUAGCCAUCUCCAAUUUAGUUUGUCUUAG